AUGCGCUUUCUUGCUUUCGCACUCUUGGGCUGUCAGCUCGCUCUGCCAACGUUCGCCCAGGUUGAUAACAACAAAAAUGCCAUAUACCAACUAAGCAACGACACAGAGUUCGCGUUCGUCUUGGAGACCGUCCUGGCACUCAGUAACGGCGGUGGUGCCUCAACAGGAGAGGUACUACGAGCUGCCAGCCAAAUCAUCCCCGGAGAUUUUGAGAGCUGGUAUAGAGAGUUCAUGUACCUUGGCGAUGGUAUCCACGCCAAAGCAUCUUCCAUCAACGCAUCACGCUCCCCCGUCUCAGCCCGCGAGGCCUACUUCCGCUCCUCAUCCUACUAUCGAGUCGCACCCUUCUUCCUACACGGAAACCAAAGCGAUUUACGAAUUAACAAAGUCGGAGCACGAUCUGUAUCCGACUUCAACAAAGCAGCUGCACUCCUGUCGCUCCCUCCCAUCAACCUGAACCUACCAGCCUCGAGCCCCAAUGUUCCCAGUGGGAAGUUUUCCGUCCCAGCUCGAUUCUUCAAAGCACAGCGAGGCAAGAAAAAAGUACCCACUGUCAUCAUCGGAACGGGUUACGACGGCUCACAAGAGGAUAUAUACCACGGGAUGGCCAUCGAAGUCCUUGCGCGUGGCUGGAAUGUAAUCACCUAUGAGGGACCCGGUCAGCCCACAGUCCUCCGCGAGCAGAAAAUCGGCUUCAUACCAGACUGGUGGAACGUCAUUUCUCCCAUUGUGGAUUACCUCGAGACCCGUGAAGACGUCGAUCUAGAUCGUGUUGCGCUCGUGGGUAUUUCAUUUGGUGGUCAACUGGCACCACUCGCUGCUACGAGGGAGCAUAGACUGAAAGCCGUCUUGGCGAUUGACGGCAUGAACGACCUCUACGGACACUUCAAGGCUGGAACUCCGGACAGUCUCACCGAUCUUUAUGAUCAGGGGCACUAUGAGAAAUUUGAUGAGGAAUUUCUCAAGGUAGAGACUUCUGGGGCCACCUACUUGCGCUGGGCGAUUUCUCAGUCAUUGUUCAGUUUCAACACGACCAGUCCGUCUGAAUGGUGGGGCCGCUUGCCUGAAUUCACACUUAAUUCUACCAUGCUGAAGAGCAUUUCUUGUCCUGUUUUUAUUGGCGAGGGGGAGAAUGAUAGCUCCGCGCCAGGACAGCCGGAACUUAUGGCUAAAGCAAUUGGAAAGAAAGCUACUUAUAAUCUUUUCAAAAAUGAUCUUGGUGCUGGUGAGCAUUGUCAGCUUGGGGCGGAGUUUCAGCUCGCUCAGGUUACACUGGAUUGGUUGGGUGAUACUUGGGAUCAUGUUUCUCUGCCGAGAAACCUUACCAAUGUUGUCUAUUAA